AUGCCUGGCCCUGACGAAUGGCUCGAGACAGUCCGACAGUGUCAACCCCUGCCAGAGCUCGAGAUCAAGAAGCUCUGUGAAAUGGUCAAGGAGCUGUUGAUGGAAGAGUCCAACAUCCAGCCUGUGCGCUCUCCUGUCACAGUCUGCGGAGACAUUCACGGACAGUUCUACGAUCUGAUGGAGCUCUUCCGCGUCGGAGGAGAGAUCCCCGAGACAAACUACAUCUUCAUGGGUGAUUUCGUCGACCGUGGAUUCAACAGUUUGGAAACGUUUACGUUGUUGAUGGUUCUCAAAGCAAGAUGGCCCGACAAGAUCACACUUCUUCGCGGAAACCACGAAAGUAGACAGAUUACCAACGUCUAUGGAUUCUAUGGCAAGUUUUUGAACAAACAGGAGCGCACACUGGACUGUUACGAAUGCCAGACCAAAUACGGAAACGCCAACGUGUGGAAGUACUGUUGCCAGGUGUUUGACUACUUGACCCUUGCCGCUAUUGUCGAUGGUCGCGUCCUUUGCGUUCACGGAGGUCUCUCGCCUGAUGUCAGGACAUUGGAUCAGAUUCGUACCAUUCAGCGCUGUCAGGAAAUCCCACACGAGGGAGCUUUCAGUGAUCUUGUGUGGUCGGACCCUGAUGAUAUUGAUGGAUGGGGUGUGAGCCCAAGAGGAGCAGGAUGGCUCUUUGGUGCCAAAGUAACAAGCGAAUUCAACCACGUCAACGGACUCAACUUGAUUGCUCGUGCUCAUCAGCUUGUCCAGGAGGGCUUCAAAUACAUGUUCCCGGAUGACAACCUUGUCACAGUCUGGUCUGCUCCCAACUACUGCUACAGAUGCGGCAAUGUGGCGGCAAUCUUAAAACUAGAUGGCCCGACCGUCGACGAAACCAACUUCAAGAUCUUUUCGGCUGUAGAAGUUCAACAUACCCAGACCUCCUCCGGUGCCGGCGGAAGCCAGUACUUUUUGUAA